CAGGUGGUGUGUUUUCCUCCAGUUCCUUCGUGUCCUAUUAAACGGCUCGUGAGCUGCAGGGAUGUUAGACGCAGUCACUGAGUCCUCCAGCUGUUUCCCCUCCCGUCUGUAUUUAGAGGCUUGAAACCGAGAUGCCGAGGUCAAAGGUCAGGAUGGAAUUCUCAGGAAGUGAUGUCAAACUCAGAACAGCUGAUCUAAAACUGCAGGAAAGCUGACACACACACACACACACACACACACACACAGACACACAGGUUGUUGAACAGCGGAUAUUAUCUCUUAUUUUUCAUGAACAAAGCGUUCUUCGACUCAGCAGUCAAAGGUCACGUGAGGACUGCAGGCUGCGUCACUUCUCCUGUAAUAAAGGAGGCGCAGGUUUUUGAUGAUGUCCUGGGACUAAAUAUGAUUCUGGCACCCUGAGCCGAGGAAAAUUUUUAUUGAGUUUUCCUCGGCUGCAAAGUUUUAUUCAGCCCCACGUUUUAGUCCUGGCUUCAUGCUUUAGCCCUCAGUGGGUGACGGUGAAUUUGGUUUUCCUCCACAGGGGGGCGUUCUUUUGUUUUGCUGUACUCUUCGUGCCAAAGCUGCAGGUCGUCCUCUUUAGACAUGAAUGCAUCAAAACUAAGGAGACAGUCGUGGAUUUGAGGACGAACACACGGCCAUCUCUCCUGAGUUGCCGAGUCGGUGCAGCAGUACAGAUGCCUCAGUACUGUAAGGGAUAUUAAGCUGACCUUUGACCUUCAGGUGGAUGCUAUCUGUAGAAAAGCUUGACUUUCGAGAACACUUACUUCCUGUUUGAUUGAAGCUGGGACGGGUCACUGAACCUGAGAACAAAGGUGGUGGUUAGCACUACUGCCUCACAGCAAGAAGGUCCUGAGUUUGAAUCUGCAUGUUCUCCUCAUGGGUUCUCCAGGUUCUCCAGUUUCCUCCCACAGGCCAAAGACAUGGAGUUAGUGGGGUUAAGUCACCUGGUGAUUAUAAAUUGCCCAUAAGUGUGGAUCUGAGUGAAUGGUUGUCUGUUUCAGGCUGGUGACCUGUACAGGUGUGUACGUGUGUGCAGAGUGCCACAGGUAUUGUUGUUGUUGUUGUUGUUACCUAGGAGUGAACGUGGAAGUUCAGCCUGAGAAAAAAGAUGACGUAAAGUUUCCUCCGGCCACCGUAGGCUUUUAUUCUGAAAAUCAAGAUCGGAAGUUGUAACAGGUAAUAUUUUCUUCCGUUUGGUGGGCCGAUCGAUCAGUGAUAACUGAUCAAUAACUAGCAUUAAUGAUCAGCAGAAGGUUUAAUUUAAUCCAUGACGACGCCAAUCAGAGAGGAUUAAAACGAGGCUCGACGAGAAGUGACGUAACAGCCGCGAAGAUCGUGUGUUUCUGUGAGGUCUCACUCUGAGCAGGCAGAGCUUAAAUCAACGUUUCAUAUUAAAAAUUGUUUUCUACAGUUUUCUACUGUUGAACUGAGCUCAGAUCUUCAGAGCUUCAUUUUAUUGUUUUCAUCUAUAAAUCAAUCAGAGUCGCAAUAAAAUAAAUUUCAAUGAACUCAAAUCACAGAAUUAAUUCACACUUUCAGGGUUUAUGAAUGUUUAUUGUUUCAAAUGCAGUUUUAGUGAUGACCUCAUUAAAGUUUUAUCAUUAGAUCAAAGAUUAAAAUCCUGAAUAAUUACUAUUCUGAUAUUUGCUGUUUGGUAAGAAUCGGCUGAAUUGUUGAAUUUUAUUUUAUGGCAUGAUGAUUGCGUCAUACUUAAUUAUUUUAUACUUAUUUUUAGACUAACUGAUCUGCAUUAGUUAGUUUUGACCUCAUUAAGAUGUUUGCUAAUUUUUAGCUGCUGACGUUAAAUAAUUUAGUGUUUUAGAAUAAAUCAUCAGGAAUAACUUCUGUAAUUUGGAGAAUACUUAAACUCCAGAAGGCGUUUGACCGGAGCUCAGUAAAUUGUGACGUUAAAGUCUGAGGCACACUUAUUAUUAUUGUUAUUGUCGCUGUCGCGGACGCGGACGCGGAUGAAGAGCGGUGUUUUCGGUUCCGGUGACGCGGGCGGAGUGAGCGUCUGUCUUCUCCGCGCUCUCUGGGUCUCAUAGUAACGGUCACCUGCAGAAACACACCGGGACUCACGGAGCUCACAGAGCGACAAACGGACCUGCUGCACGGCCGCGGGACGCCGACACCCCCGCCGCUCCAGCUCCGCCGCUGCUGAUCUCAGCCAAUCAGUCGAUCUCGGAUCGAUCGGCUCCGAAUCGGAACCCGCGCGUGGCCUGCGGCGAGAUCGGCGAAUGAUGACAUCAGCGCGUGACAGACCGACCCUCCCCGAGUGAGCUGAUCGAUCAUUUAUCAGGUUAAUUCGUCACCACCUCGCCAAUCAAUACCUGAUAAUCACCGAUUAUUGAUCAGCUCUACUGUGUGAACAUUUCCAGCAUUGAUCAGCUGAGAAGAAGCUUCAGGUGAUUCGUGUAGAAAUGUACAAAGUAGAAAUCCCUCCGAAUUCUACUUUACCCAAGUAAAAGUACUCAGUUACUUUACAGGCCCAUGAGCUCCUCAUUUGAAGGGAGUAAAUGAGGAGCUGAUCAGUUUGGACCUUCACCAAGUUUUUCUCAUGAAACGUGGAUCUGAUGUGAGACCUGCAGGCUGUUCUGCUGAGGUGCUGAGAGCUCUUUAAGGGGCGGGGCCACAGGGGCAUUGGCCCCAUCUGAAAUCUGAUUGGCCCCCUGAAGUGCCCCUGUCCUGUCACUCAUCUGCCCUUCGUCCGAGAGCAAGGAUCACAUUAUAGGUGGAUGCAAUUCCAUGCCGAAACACCAGUAGCGCUAAUGAGCCAAAACGGAAUUCUCAGCAUGAAUAAAGCUUACAGAAGAAAAAGAAGAUUUGAACGAGAAAGCUUUUUAACUGACAACCAGUCUAUAUUUUGAGGAGUUUGUUGGUAAUGAUAAGUCAAAAAUCCCUGUUUACUUACAGCUGUCACAGCCGUCUUGUUUCAAGGGAUCCCAGUGCUCCCAGUGGCAUACACGAUGCUGCCCGCCUCCAUCCAGAUAACGGGUGAGAUGCUGUCGGCGGCCGAGGUUCAGGACAUCUGCGAGAGUCUGAAGGAAGACAGCGUGCGCCUGCUGUCCAUCCGUGGCUGCCAGCUCUCUGACCGCGACUUUGGGCGUAUCUGCCGCAGCGUCGCCGAGUCACACUCGCUCGCUCAGCUCAACCUCAACCUGGGGGUCGUAUCCAGUAUUGGUCGGACGCGACACCUGGCCGACGCCCUGAAGACUAACCGCUCCCUGCAGACCCUGUUCCUUCACGGCAGCCCGCUGUUGGACGCCGGCCUGGUGACCCUGAACCCUGCCCUGUCCACCCACCCUUCUCUGGUCUGUCUGGAUCUGGGCGACUGCAUGCUGGGAGAUGAAGCGCUGGGUCUGAUCUGUGGGAUGUUGCCGCCUGAUGGAGCAAAGUCAGGGCUGAGGGAGCUCACUCUCAGUGCUAACCCAGGAAUCAGCUCCAAAGGCUGGGCUCGACUCUCCAUCGCCGUGGCUCACAGCUCGCAGCUUCGCGUGCUCAACCUGGACUACAACCCGCUAGGUGAUCAGAUUGCAGGGAUGCUGGCGGUUGCCGUGGCGUCCAGCAGAACUCUGGAGGUUCUGGACCUGGAGGGAACCGGACUGAGCAACCAGUCAGCACAGGUGUUCCUGGACAUGGUGGAGAACUACCCAACGAGCCUGCGGGUCCUGGUCCUGGCCGAGAAUGACAUCAGUCCGGAGCUGCAGCAGCAGAUCUGUGACCUGCUGUCUGAGGGCGAGGACGACGACGACAGGGAGGCCCCGCCUCUGGCACCAGAUCCUGCUUCCAUCACUGCUCUCCAGCCAAUCAGAGACAAAUACCACCCAAUCAGAGACAAGUACCACCCAAUCAGAGACAAGUACCAGCCCCCCGCCUGGCUCCCCCACAGCAACUCCAGCCCCCAGGCGGUCUUGCUGACAUCAGGUCUAGGUGAGAGCUUAUUGGCUGAGACUGAGAUGUGACCCUCCCCACAAACACGCCCACUUCCUGUCAGGCUGCCGUCACUUUUUCGGUUUGAAUGUUUUUCUCUGCACUGCACUUCUCUGGUUGUCAGAUCACCUGAUGGCUUGCAGCCAAUCGCACGCUCCGCAUGGUUGUUGUAGCACCUGAACACAGAUGAGCAGAGAACUCAAACACAUCAUGUGACCUUCACACAGGUGUUUGCUCCACAGGUGUUCUGCUUCUGAUGAAUGUAUCUUUGUUGAUUGGUUCUGCUGCUCUGAUGUCACAAUAAUAAAACUGUUUACAGCUUCUUAAGAA